ACUAAACUAUAUAUUGGAUAAAAUUUCACAUACAACCAAAUCGCAGGACCAUAGUGACCUUUGAUCUGAAGGAUAUCCUGUCUCCGCAAGAAUGUGCGUGUGAGCAUUUUGUAUCAACUGGAAAGAGAGAGGAAGGAUUAAACCAAAGUAGGAAACCUGUUGAAUUCCAGUGAGAUGGAAGGUUCAAGUGCAGAAUCAGCACUAAGUGUAAGUGCGAACAGCAUCAGAAUCACCGAUUUGACUCAGGAUGGAGACGUUCUGACGUUUGCCAUUACUUCCCAGAAAUUGAACAGCAGUGGAGGGGUGUGUGUUUUUCGGGCACAUGAGGACUUUGAAUGGCUUCAACAGAGUCUCGUCUCACAGGAAAAUGUUCCUGGGCUUCAGGGAAUUAUAUUUCCGCCUUUGCCCCCUAAAGCACUUCCAUUGCAGUCAAACAUGCAGACCAAAGCACUCAAACAACUUGGAUUCCUGGCUCUAGGACAGGAUUGGCAGGGUUAUUGUAAGGCUUUGGAGUUUUAUCUCCAGCAGGUGGCAACACACCCAACUCUCUGCAAGUGCAAAGCACUGGACAGCUUUCUUAUUAACUCUGAGUCUCCUGGAAAACAGAGAGGCAGGAAAGGAAUCUUUAAUCGCCUCAGUCAGGCUGUGGAGGAGAUGAGGAAGGAAAGUCAUAAGGAUGUGGACAACUUCUUUCAGAACGAGAGAAAUAAAAACACAAAUAUUGCCGCUUUGUCAAAGGUUGCCACAGAGAAAUUAAUCGAUGUUGUGAUGACAGAGCAAAAGCUUGCUUUGGCCUGUGGACAUUUCUCCACAUCUCUUCAUCUUUGUGUGAAUCAGGACGAUGCAGCUGCUGUAGCUUUCUCCAAGGUUUGUUUGAAGCUGUCUGAUAUUAUUGAGGCAGUAAAGCAAAACUUUGAGAAAGUUGCCAGUAACAACCUAACCACUCUUGGUUUGGGUCUGGACCUGGAGUCUCGCUACCAAGAGGCAGAGAAAGAGAUGCUCUUCAGAAGAACCUGCAAACUGAUAGAGCUGGAAACUGUUAAGAAGAGUACAGAAAAAGCCAAGGCCAAUAAGAGAGAAGUGAUGGAAGAGUUUCAAAAAGCUGUUGAGAAAGAGUUCAACCUGAUUUCAUCUGUGGCUAAAGAAGAGAUUGAGCGCUUCCAUAGCUCCCGAGUGAAUGUGCUGAAGAACUUCCUGAUUGGCUGGUGUGAACAGCAGCUCAACACAGCGAAGGAGUGCGCUGAACUCUACUCUCAGCAUCUCGAAGCUUGCAGAAACAUGUAUUCAGAAUGAAUGAAACAAACAGGUGGUAGAUCAUACGAAUAUUUCUGGUAAUGUAAUAAAACUGUUAUGAGACUGCUAAAAAUAGAAAUGAUAUAAUGAAAUGAUAAAAGUGCAAUGUAAAUUCGGUUUAUUCUCAUCUUGUUUUAAAUCAACUGUCCUCUUUAAUCUGAUUGUAGUAUAGCCUACAUAAUGUUUUCCAGCUUUUAAUGCUGAGAAGUCAUCUAACUUUAACUUCCAGUUCCACAAUUCAAAGUUAGACUAUAGAUUCAGAAGUAAACUUUGUCCUAUGUAAGCUUGCAGUAAAGCAAUAAAACCCAUGACUGUU